AUGAAGAAGGCGGUGAGUGGGGCGCUCGGGGCGCUGGAUGUUUGGGCGGCGCCGAAGCUCAGCAGUCGGGGCUCGGACGCGGCAUGUUGGGGGUGCUCAGCUCCGAAGCCUGGCGUGGGGCCCAAGGCCGAGGCCGAGGCCCUGAGAUCAGCCCCGCGGCGAGGCCUGCCUGCUGGCUCCCUGAGCAUUUUCCUAGGCACCUGGCCGGCCGAGGCGGGGCUCCGGGGCUAGGGCCGGGAGCCUUGGAGGGCGCAGGGUCUCCUUCCCCGGUGCCGAAGAUGCCCCCGGGGAGUCUGAGGAACCUGCAGCCCCAGCCUCGCCCCUGGGGUGUGGGAAGCUGAAUGUCCCGUUGAGUGUGGUUGGCCUUGACUCGGGCGCUGCAUCGGGAUUAUCACAUUAGCCUUACGGGUCAUGGGUAGCUACUGCUAGGACCGUGUUUAUGAGUGAGGAAACUGAGGCCCAGAGAUGCGGAGUAACCUGCGCCAGGUUACGCAGCUCGUAAGUGGGAGAACAGGUUCCUGCAACCCCGAGCUGACUUGUAUCCAUCCUCGAUGCCCCUGCCUCCUCCAGGCUAAAACCAGUAUUUAUUGAGGAUGGACGAUGUGCCGGGCCCAGCAGCUGGCCGUUUAUCUGUAUCCUUCCCGCAACUCAGCAGGUGUAUGGGUUCCUCUCCACUUUGCAAGUAGAGAAACUUAGGCACAGAGCAGUUAGGGCCCCCAGAGUGACUCAGCUAGUAAGAAGCAGAGCUGGAGUUCAAACUCAGGUUUGGUUUUGUUUUACCACACCUAGGUAAACACUAAGCAGGCUAAACUUCCAUGUGGGGUUUAUAAUUCCUUGAAUCUUCCCAGAUGUGUAAAGAUGGCUAGAGAGAAUAAAAAGAAAAUUGGAGAGGGGGACGGAAAUAGGCUGUUAAUUUGGGGAUCUUUACAGUUUGCUAGGUACAGCUGUAAGGUUUUUUUUUUUUUUUUUUUGCAUGUAUAGUUUAUCUUAUGCACUUUUGGGGGAGAUACUGUUUUUAUCCUUAUUUAACAAAUGAGAAAACAGGCACGGAGGCAAAGCUAGCAUGUAAACCACAGGCAUUCUGACUCUGUUUUUUGACUGCUGUAAGGGAUCUUCGAUGAGAAUCCCUUGGCUGGACGGAUUUGCGUUCAUUCCACUUUUAAGACCACAUUAGAACUUUCUUUGCCUUGCCCCUAUCCAGUACCACAUAGUCUGUGCCAUCCGUGCCUGGUAUACGGUGACCCACUGAACCCUUUUAUCUGAAAUUGAGGGACGGCCUAAACUGGGAAAACCCCAGUCAACUCAGGAUGAGUUACUCACCUUACUAUUCUGCCACCCAGAAAAUCUUACUGAGUACCAGAGUAGGGUCCACGGCCAUGGUGAUUCAAAAAAGCGUGAAACUUUGUGAGAUUUCUCUUUGUGAGAAACUUUAUUUGUUAAAUUGGGCCCGCUGGUGUUAGAUAUGGCCUCUGAUUUCUUGGAAGAUACUAGUUGUGGUUCACGCGGUUUUAUAGGUGUGGAAACUGAAGUGCAGAGAAGUGAAGUAAAUGGUACAAGAGGAAAUGGCAGAAGAAUGAUUUGAAGCCCGGAUUUUGAUUGCAAAAUUUUUAAUUACCAACCUUUUCUUUACCCCUUUCAUUGAUUCAGUAGAAUUUUUUUGAGCAUAUAACAUGGAUGGUGUAGUCUCAGUUUUAAGUGGAGACAACUAUGGAUCGACCAGUGAGGAAGUUCUUCUCCCCUUAUUCUCAUUGUACCGAAGAAUGUAUGUUCCAGGGGAGAGGCAGGCAUUACUCAAAUCACACAGAAAAUUUUCUCUGAUGAGAACUGUGAAGGAAAAGUAUUUAACGAACUGAGGGCCAAAGUGAGGUCUGUUUUGAGAUCAGAGAAGGCUUUCCGGGAAAGAGUCAUUUAAGUUGAGAUCUGUGAGAUUAUGUAAGGAAAGGAAGGGAAAGUUGGUUAGGGAGUGAGGCAUUCUAGAGAGGGAGAUUCUCGUGCAAAGACUCUGAGCAUGCAUUUAAUACAAGGAAGGCCAGAUGGCAGAUAAUCAGGGGAAAAGUGUUUGAGCCAUGAUGGGAAAUGAACUUAUAGAGGGGUAGGUGGUGGCCAAAAUAUAAAGGAUCUUCUGUAUCUUUGGAGCCUUUGAGAGUCAUAUGAUGGAUGCAGUGUCCUGUAGAUGUUUCCAUUGUUUAUGAACAAUUCCUGAUAGAUUAGCUUACAUGUAUACUUUGCCCCUUUGCCCUCACUAGGAAAAAACACACAUGUAUGCCAGUGAGUGAGAGUGAAGCAGAGAGAGAUAGCCCUUUGAGUUUAAUUAAAAGUAAAUCAUGUACAAUCCGGAGUACUUAUAUUUGUAACACAUUGUACCUCUCAACUGGUCAUGACUUUGCGGGGGGGAGUGUUUAGAUGAGAUGAUUCAGUCCUCUCAUCUCUAAAGUUCUGCCUUCUAAGAUCUAGUUCUUGAGUAUAAGGUGAUCUGUACUUUUAUGAUUUCUGUUCAUUAUCCUACAUGCAAAUAUUCCUCAGAGAGGCUACCUUUGACCUUUAUCUAAAGAAGCCUCCUUCCCGCCCCAGGCUCCAAGAACUUUCUACUACUAAGCUGUUUUAUUUGUCACUAUUGGACACUAUCUUGUUCAUCUUGGUUUUUGCUGUCUUCCUCCACCAGGACGUAUGCUUACCAUUUGUGUUCAUGAAGGUGGGGUAGUGGCUCUCUUGUCAGUGCAUGGCAUGUAGGAAACAAUAUUGUUAAAUGAGCGACUCCAUGGAUGAAAGGUGCAAAAGUUUAUAUCAUACAGACUUGGUAGAUAUGUUUUUAAAAGUAAAAAUACAAGACUGAAAUUGACCAGAAUUGAUUUCUAGGGACCCAGCUGUCAGUUCAGACUCCAAGUAAUACCUAGACUUGGCAUGGGGCAUUACUGAGUAUGGUUCAGUUUUCAAAUCCUCUAAUACCAGAAGAUAUUUAUUCUCAAGAAAAAGGUCGGCCGCGGUGGCUCACGCCUAUAAUCCCAGCACUUUUGGAGGCCGAGGCGGGUGGAUCAAGAGGUCAAGAGAUCGAAACCAUCCUGAUCAACAAGGCUGCAGAAGAUGUCAAUGUUACUUUCGAAGAUCAACAAAAGAUAAACAAAUUUGCACGGAAUACAAGUAGAAUCACAGAGCUAAAGGAGGAAAUAGAAGUAAAAAAGAAACAACUGCAAAACCUAGAAGAUGCUUGUGAUGACAUCAUGCUUGCAGAUGAUGACUGCUUAAUGAUACCUUAUCAGAUUGGUGAUGUUUUCAUUAGCCAUUCUCAAGAAGAAACACAAGAAAUGUUAGAAGAAGCAAAGAAAAAUUUGCAAGAAGAAAUUGACGCCUUAGAAUCCAGAGUGGAAUCAAUUCAGCGGGUGUUAGCAGAUUUGAAAGUUCAGUUGUAUGCAAAAUUUGGGAGCAACAUAAACCUUGAAGCCGAUGAAAGUUAAACAUUUUAUAAUACUUUUUUUAUUUGUUUAAUAAACUUGAAUAUUGUUUAAAAUGAUAAUUUCCCUUCUUCAAAUGACAUGGAAAGCAAAACUUUCUUUUUUAAAAAAUUUUCAUUUAUUUAAUGGAAACUUGCCUAUUUUCACAUGUCUUGCUUAUUUAUUUUAUAUUUUUAAAAGAAGACAGUAUUCAGCUAUGUAUUUUACAUAACGAUUAUAUCAAGUCUAGGGGCUUUAUGUCAUGUUAUUAAAAUCAGUUAAGCAAUCUUUUAUGUUUCUAUAUUAUUUAGAAUAUUUGUUGUUGCAAUUUUCACAUAAGAAAAUUUAACAGUUGUGUCAUGUUGUUUCUAUGUAUGAUUUUAAUUGCUGUCUAAUGACUGGGAAAGCAUAACUAAAAGAUGUACAAUCCUGCAUCCUUCCUUAUUUCACAACUAAAGCUUUGUCAGAGACUUCAAAGUAUAUAUGUAUAUAUUUUAUUUAAAUACAUGUUACGUAUUAUAUUUAAA